UAAAACAGCAUGUAAUAAUACUGAUAGGAUUUUUAAAUUUAAUAAAUAUUUUUUUAUUGAAACUUUUAUUUAACUUUUUCAUCAAUUAAUUAUGACUUUAUUAUUGAAAACUUCAUUAAUCCUUAAAAAUAGAGCAACUUCACUAGUUUCAUGUUUUAAUGUGUAUACGAGGUGCUUAAGUGAUAAUACAGUACUAUCUGAAAAUAACACUAGUACUUUGGCAACUACAACUUCUCUACCUGUAGGAGAACUAGAUAAACUGUAUAAAGUUAUUGAAUUUGAAUGUCGUGGUAAUGAUCCAGCAGUGUUACGGAGUUAUACUCAAUUUACUUCAAUGACAGCAAAUGAAUUAGGUAUUGAAGUAGGAAAAUGUUGGUCACCUCGUAAAGCUCAUCAUGAACGUUACACAUUGUUGAGAUCUAUUCAUGUACAUAAAAGAUGUCGUGUCCAGUACGAGGUUAGGACUUGGUUUAGAUUUAUUCAGUUCCAUAAGCUAACUGGGUCGACAGCUGAUACAUUUUUAGAAUAUACCCAAAGAAAUUUGCCAGAAGGAGUAGCUCUUAAAGUGACAAAAGUUUUGCUGGAACAAUUUCCUGAGAGUAUAUCAUCACAUAUGGUUCAAGAAUAAUUUUGUAUAAUUAUGUUGUUUAUAAUUAAUAUAUUGAUGUGUAAAUUAAAUUAAAUUUUUGCUGUGUAAA